CAUAGCAGACUCUGGGGCAGUAUAAAUAUGUAUUUUGUUUAACUAUGAAUCAACAAAACUCUAUUGGACCCCAGAAUAAAAACACACGACUUAAAAUAAACACAAUGCCGCUUUUACACAGUCUUGACAGUGUUUUGAACGCAGUGGGCGUUGUGUUUUUGAACGCACCCUCGUUUCAUUUUCAAGAGACACAGCCGGGCUUUCUGGUGACGUUUAUGUGGGGAAGUCCAGUGUCGCGGUGCUGCGUUGACCUGAAAACAAGACACACUCCAGUUACACCUUUCUACUGCACACGGCUCAUGACACUUCCAUAGAAACCACAGGCUGCGUGAACAACAAUGGAGAGACCUCCCUUCAGGCAGAACCAGAACUUGGGGGACUGGGAACUGAAAGAGAGGCUGGGCAUGGGAGGCUUUGCCCAUGUUUACCUCUACCAGCAUAUGCAAACACACGAAAAACUGGCUAUAAAAAUGUGUCGCCUGGAGCUUACACCAAGGAAUAGGGACAGAUGGGGCAGAGAGAUCCAGAUCAUGAAAAAGUUAAAUCAUAUCAAUAUCGUGACAGCCCAGGAGGUCCCAGAGGAGGUGGAGCCCAUAGCCUUAAAUGAUCUUCCACUGCUGGCCAUGGAGUACUGCUCCAGAGGAGACCUGAGGAAGGUGCUGAGCAAACCUGAAAACUGCUGCGGUCUGAAAGAAAGUGAAGUGCUUUCAUUACUUAAUGAUGUUGGAUCCGGUAUCCAGUAUCUCCAUGAAAACAAGAUCAUACACAGAGAUCUUAAACCGGAAAACAUUGUGCUACAAGACAUCAACGGGAAGUUGGUUCACAAGAUUAUCGACUUGGGCUAUGCUAAAGACCUGGACCAGGGGAGUCUGUGCACUUCAUUCGUUGGCACACUUCAGUACCUGGCUCCUGAGCUCUUUGAGAAUAAACCGUACACUGUGACUGUGGACUAUUGGAGCUUCGGAACAAUGAUCUUCGAGUGCAGUUGCGGUUUCCGUCCAUUCCUACACAACCUGCAACCUGUGCAGUGGGCCAGCAAAGUGAGGAAUAAAGGUCCAAAAGACAUCAUGGCAGUAGAAGAACUAAACGGAGAAGUCAAGUUCUCCACACAUCUCCCCUACCCCAACAAUCUCAGCAGGACGCUGUUGGAGCCGAUGGAGGCGCUGCUUCAGCUGAUGUUAAAGUGGGAUCCAGUGCACAGAGGAGGCCAAGUGAACCAUGAAACCAAGAAACCCCUGUGCUUUGAACUCCUUGAUCAGAUACUGGUUAUGAAGGUCGUCCACAUCCUGAACAUGACCACAGCGCAGGUCCACUCCUUCCAGCUAACUCCUGACGAGAGUCUCCACAGUCUGCAGAAGCGCAUCGAAGCUGAGACCAAGAUCGAGGUGGUGAACCAGGAACUGCUGCAGGAGACGGGAGUGUCACUGGACCCCAGGAAGCCCGCUGCACAGUGUGUCCUGGAUGGAGUGAGAGGGUGGGACAGCUACAUUGUCUACCUGUUUGAUAAGAGCAUCACCAAGUACACCGGCCCCUUCAGUGCCAGACGUCUGCCUGAGAAAGUCAACACCAUUGUGCAAGAUGCCAAGACGCAGCUGCCUUUGGUGGUGAUGAAGAAGGUGUGGGGUGAAGCUGUGAGCUACAUCUGUGGCCUGAAAGACGACUACAGCAGACUUUUCCAGGGGCAGAGAGCUGCCAUGUUGAGCCUCCUCCGCUACAACACCAACCUGACCAGGUGUAAAAACAGCAUGUUCGGCUUCUCGCAGCAGCUCAAAGCUAAGCUGGAUUUCUUCAAGAGUAGCAUCCAAUAUGACUUGGAAAAAUACAGCGAUCAGAUGCACUAUGGCAUAUCCUCAGAAAAGAUGCUGAAAGCCUGGCAGGAGAACGAAGAAAGAGCUGCAGCUUUUGCUCAGGUGGCAGAGGUGAGCCAUUUGGAUGAUGAGAUCAUGGCUCUGCACUCUGAGAUAGUAGAACUACAGAGGAGCCCAUAUGCCCGACGCCAAGGAGACAAGAUGGAGCAGCUGGAAGAAAAGGCAAUCGAGCUGUACAAGCAACUGAAGAUGAAAUGCAAAGUACCUGACUCUGAUGUGAGCUGCGACAGCUCUGAGAUGGUGAAGGCCAUCAUCCAGACAGUCCAGAACCAAGACAAGGUCCUCAAAGAUCUGUUCACACACCUCAGUAAAAUCCUGAUCAGCAAACAGAAGAUCAUUGACUUGUUUCCCCGGAUUGACAAAACUCUGGAGAACAUCAAGGACGCUGACAACACCGUGAUGCAGAUGCAGAUCAAGAGACAGAGGGAGUUCUGGCACUUACUUAAGAUCGCCUGCGCUCAGAACUCGUCACGGAGCUCGAUAGCAGCCAGUCCCGAGUCGUCCAACCUGCUGCAGGUUUCUCAGUGGUCCCAGUCGGCACAGCCCGUCAGCUCCCCGCACCCCCUGACCUCCCUACCAGGGCCAAAUGACAGUGAUGCUGCCCCACGACUCCUGCAGGAGAACCAGAAGUACCUCAGUCAGCUGACCAGCCUGAUGCAGGAAGCUGCUGACGAACAGGCCAACAGCAUAGUGGACCAAGACUGGAGCUGGACGAAAUACGAAACUUUAACAACAAAACUAAAAAAGCGAAAUUCGUAAAGUCCACCCUCCACCCCCGCCUGAGUAACACUAAGGACUGUGAGCUGAUAACGCGGCUGAGCGGCGUCUAACAGUACAGUAGUACAGUUUGUACAUGGACUCGGGAUUUUCUCGUGAAAACGACUUUCCUGCUCAUCUUUAAAGAAAAAAAAAAAGAAGCUGAGUUCACGCAUGCUCAGCGGCGUCCGUCUCCUCCCAUCGUCUCACAUGGUGGAAGGUUUGAUUAUUGAGCUUGUUUUUUAUGACAAAACAAUGAAGCUGUCUCUCUCUCUCUUCUUUUCUUUAUGCUGCACAAUAUUCAUCACACUUUGCUCCAUUUUUGCAGUGAUAGUAAAAACCAAACUAUAGCACCACAUUUGAGGGCUUGAGGUGGAUCAGUCAGGUGGGAGAGCGUUCGACAGGAACGUGGGAACUCGUUUGACCCAAUGGCAUGAACGGGAAACGCAGGAAGGUGUCGGGGGUCGCUGGAAGGCGGGCGUGGGGAGGAAAUAAGAAUCAAGCAAAGAGCACUUUGAUACUCCCAUGUGUCCUCUCUGUGAAGAGGUGAAACGUUCCCAGCUGCCAAAAAUGUUGCAGAAUUUAAAGCGAGCAGAAACUGUCAGCGUCGGUUUGAUUGAUUUACUAGAAACGUUUGAGGGCGCGUGUUGAAUUCUCUGUAUGUACGUUUUUAAAAAACAAGUGUUACAGGCAGAAAUCCCAUGGCUGGCCAUUAUGUUAAUACGAUGUGUAUAUUGUAUGUGUGUCUUUUUAACCGUCAUGGAUGUAAGGCGGGGUUUUCUCGUCUCGUUCGGGUGCAAAUAAUGUACGCUAAAUUCAUAGUCGUGCAGAGCUGAAACGAUCAGUCCGUAGUUUCCACAGAAAUCUGCAGAUUUAAUGGGACGGUGAAGGAUGGCGAGGCUUGCUUUGUGCUGCACGCAUGAGCUGCUCCAGAGGAAGUUCUUUUCAGAUUUUCAGAUUAAAAUGUAAAUCUAAAAGUGCACGUUUCCAAAGAGCAAUUUAUAUCCUCACCUGAGGGACGAGGUUACCUGCCGAGCUGCAUGUCAGUAAAGUUCGCACAGGAACCUUUGCACAUUUAGUCACCAUUGCAGAAAAUAAAUUGCAUAUUUAUGAUGAUUAAGAAUAAAUAACACGAUUUACAUUUGGCCGACCUCCCACUUUAAGAUGAUCUGGGCCGUCUUCAGCACAGCGGCCGUGUUUGCAUCUCUGAGUGAAAUUGCCGUUAUUCCACCAAAUCAGUGAACACGUUUAAUUUUCUGCAAAAGCCUCGUGAUGCCCGUCUGUCUGGGAGUUUAGGUUUUCUCGAGUCCAGUGAAAGCUCGGUUAACAAAAACAUGAAAAAUCUUUUUCACUGCAGAUCUGAUAUCUUUGUCUCCCUGUCAAGGCUGAAAACAAAUAUUUUGUGCACAUCAUGGGUAAUUCUGCUCAUCUUAUUUUCAUCUUAUUUUUAUGGAUUUGAAAGAUCUGAAAGUCUAAAACCUUGUUGGUGUAUUUUUGACAGAUUAAAGUCAAAUUAUUUAUUCAAAAGAAAAUAAAUCAAGUGUUUCUGAUCUCUCUGAGAUGAUAAUUGAUCUUUUUCUUUAUCAAAUACGGCCAAAAAGAAAACCAUCUCAAAUGUCAGUGCCGUUUUUGAACAGUUUUAUAUUCAGACUUUUUGUUAAGAGAGAUUUUAAGGAUUCUCAACUUUUUCUGAAAUCAGAGAGAAAUGAGUGAUAGUCAGUGAUAACAAAUGUGCCAUCCACCAGAGUCUGUCAUUCAAUAAAUGAGGAAAUGUAAAACAAAUGAGUAAUCUUACCCUCUUAUCCAGCUCAGGCUUGCAGGGGGUGAGUGUGGAAAUCAUUUCCUCUAUUUUUAAAUAAUUGCAUGUGUAAAGCUCAAGCCUUCACUGAGUCACAUCGCACACCUCAACACGUUUAUCAGGUAAAGAAAACAGGAUCCAGGUUCAAUUUUAUUUCAUUAGCCGUCGGCUCAGUGGGAUAGUCUGAUGCUCUGCGUCCCACCAGUUGGACCCACUCCACAGUUUGAGAACCAAAAGGUAAAACUGGUGUAAACAGAACCAGAGCUGCUCUUACUUUCAUUCGUUCCUGUAGGAGGUCACGACUGAAGUUACUGACAGUGAGAAAGUUACAUUUGGAGCCUUUCAGUGAUAACAAAUAAUGUCAUCUGCCAGAGUCUGUCAUUCAGGAAAUGAGGAAAUAAAAACAAAUCGGAUGCAUUUAGUUUGUUUGGAUUGUCUGCGAGUCUCAGCUCGAGUUUUCUCCUCAUAACGAUCAAUCUGUCAAAAAUUAGGGGUUUUUGUCCUUAUUUUUUAAAAGUCCAGAAUUGAUUCAUCCAUGAGUAAAGCAGUGAUUAUUAUAAUGUUACACGGUAUAUUGAUGGUGCUGAAGAAACGCUUCCUGUUUCUCCGCUUUCUCAGAUCUGAGUAACAGGAAGCCGAGAACGUCUCGGGCUAAUUUGCUUGAAAAACAAAUAAAGACUAGCCGGCUAAUCGUUUCAGCUCUCACCACAAACACGAGUCGUUUCUCUCUGACAUCCCAUAAUGACAGGAAUGCAACAACGUUGGUGCAACGCGGUCGGGCUUCCUCUAAUCGGAGCGAUCGAACCCGUGAGCGAUGGGUUGAAUGUGCUGUACGUCGUGUUUCUUUGGGCCAGAGAGAGAAAUGAACUUUCUUGUAUUUAUGAAGUUAAAGUGCAAUGGCUAAAAUAAUAUUUUCUUUUUGUUUUGUAUUUAAAUAACUCCGUUUGUUUCUUUCCAUUUGAGUUUUGUUUCCGUCUGCUGGUUUAAGUAUGUUCACUUUUUAGAAAUGCAAUUGUAUGAAGAUCAAAUGUUUACCUGGAAAUAAAAUAAAUCACUUUG